AUGGACUAUAUGAGCAGAGAUAUUGCUAAAGGAUUAAACACUAUUCACGAACAAAACCUGAUCCAUCGGGAUUUGCAUAGCGGUAAUGUAUUAAAUAAGGAAGGACCAAGCCAUAUUUCUGAUCUCGGAAUAAGUAGGCCAGUUAACUUUCAAAAAGAAGAAGGUAAAAUAUUUGGAGUGCUUCCCUAUGUGGCUCCGGAGGUUUUGCAAGAUAAUCCCUAUACCAAGGCUAGUGAUAUUUAUUCUUUUGGGAUUAUUGCUUAUGAACUAUUCGCUAAUGCUUAUCCCUAUACUGAUUUGAAAAUUUUAUACCCUGAGUUGAAAGAUGAAGAUGAACUAAAGAAAGCUUUCAUUUUAGAUGUGUGUUGUAAUAAGUUGCACCCCAGCAUAGAUAAACUCAAAAUACCCCAAUUACUAAAAGACUUAAUUAAAAAGUACGAAAAAAAAACCUUAUUUUAUCAGCAAUAUCAAACUAUAAAAGAUGAAUAUAAUCAUUUUUCUGCAAAUACUCUUUACCGAAUUUAUCCUCAAACAAUCACUCAUAGCCAACCAAUAAACACUAAGCAAAUUGCUCAGUUAUUCAAAAAAUCUGAAGAACAAGCUUUAGAACUAGAAAUAAAAAAAAUUGAGCAGGAAAUAAAUCAGUCAUUCACUGACAAGCAAAAAAGACUAGUGAGUAACUUUAUUCAAAUUUAUAAAAAAAGGGAAAAAGGAAACAGAGAAAUAACAAAGAAAGACAUCAAAAAUUUAAAAGACGAAUUGCGAGAAAAUAAUUUUUUAGAUGAUGAAAAAAUAAAAAAGAUUGUUGACAUUUUUGAGAACAAUAUGGUAAAUAAUCAAAUUGAAUUUAACAAAAAAUUUGACGAUAAAAAAAUAGACGAAAUAGGAUUAGGAGAUGAGGAAUUUGAAGGACACUUGGUCAUCGAAGACUAUUUAGAACUGAAAAAUUUAUGCUUAAGAGAUAACGAGUACAUAGAGGAAAUAGUUCUUAGAAAUUUAGAAAAACUAGAAAUUAGUCUAGAAUUUAUAAAAGGUUUAGAUAAUUUAGAAGAAUUAGAAUUAGAUGGUAAUAAUAAAUUAAGCGAGAUUUUAGAACCUUAUGAAGAAAAAGAAAAGAAUAAUUUAUUUAUAGAACUAAAUCUUUCUAAAAAAGAAUUAGACUCCUCUAAACAAAAAUAUGCUAAGUUAAAAGGUUUUCUUAAAGAAACCUUUGAUUCUCUUUCUCAAGAAGCUAAAAAAGAGUUAGUAGAAAAAUUGGACAGAGAAAUAGCAACAAAAGGCAAGGACAUUUCUGCUCCGGGAAUGACUGAGGAUUUAAAAGCAAAUGUUAGGGCAGUAAUAGAAAGUGCCAAAGAAAUAAAAAAGGAAUUAGAAGAAAAGUUAGUUAAGUCAGAGGAAGAAAUCAAAAACUUAAAAGGAGAAUUAGCAAAAUUAAAGGAAGUUGGUGAAGAAAAAGGAAAAGUACUCGAAAGGAAAAAAAGUGCACUAGAAGAGUUAAAAAAAAGAAUGAUUAAUAGGUACAAACUAGAAGAAGAAGGGCAAUCAGAUCUAGAUAUACUUUUAGAAAAUCAAAAGGAAUCUUUUGUAAAAGGGGAAGGGGACAGAACGUCCACUAAGAACUUGAAAAACAGCAAAGAGGGUCUAAAGCGAGAUUUCGGAAUUGUUGAGGCGGAAACUGACGAACUUUGUCAAUUCCAAAAAGAAAUCACUAGACUAGAAACUGAAUUAGGGAAGAUUAAUGAAAGAAAGCAAUACAUUCAAUGUAUUAUGAUUACAGAAAGUGAAGUUCAUGAAAUUUUUGACAAAAUUGCGAUAACUAAAAAUUUAAUAACUAAUUGUAAUUUAUCGGAAGAAGAAAAAGAAAAAAAGUUAACUAGGAUUAAUGAAUUGGAAGCAGAAUUAAAAAAGCAAAGAACGAACUACAAUAGAAACCAAAGUUAUUUAGAAACUUUGUGCAAAAAUCUUCAAACAUUAAAAAAAGACAAUACUUCUGCUGAUGAUAUUCAAGAAAAAGAACAAGAAAUUAAAGAGAUUUUAGAAGCUAUUAGUGAUGCAGAACAAGAGAUUAAUGAAAUUCUUAAACAACAGCAAAUUAUUAAACAAGCUCUAAGCAAUAGAGAAAAUCUUCAAACAAUUUUAAUUAAUUCGGCAGAAGAAGUAGGUACAGUCUCAUUAGAAAAUAAUGAAUUAAUAAAGGAAGAAACUGUUGGAGGUAACGUUCAAAGUGUGAUGAUUGAACAUAGUGCGACUGGUGAUGUUGCAUUAAAAAAAAAUCAGGCAAUUCUAGAAAGGGUAAAGCCUGGUAACUUUCAAACUAUCAGUAUAAGUGAUAGCAAAAAAACAGGAAAUGUGUCAUUAUCAGGAAAUAAAACAACCAUUGCAUCAAAAAUUGUUCAAGAAAAACAAAAUGAAUUGAUUGAAGAAAGCAAUAAAAUUUCUAUUAGUGUAAAAAAAAGCGAAGAGCACAGAUUGGAAAGAUCUAAUAUUUCUGGAAAGUAUGCGAUAACUGAACAAAUAGGUAACAUAGUAGGAAAUACUGGAAGUGCUAUAGGUGCUAUAACUUUUGGAGUUCCUAAAGCAGCGGGAGAAAUUAUUAUUGCUAGUAACAAUUUCUUAAAGAUAAAUUCUUUUAAAAAAAGUGGUGAAGAAUUUCAAAUCUUUUUGCUGGAUGAUGAGAAUGAAUUGUCUAAACUUGAAGAUGCUUUUAAUUCUUUAAAUGGUAUUUCUAGCCAUAACCAAGAAAUUAAGGAUUUUAUUGACAAUUUGAAACCAAAAAAAGGACUAGUUAGUAAAAAAGUGGAAUUUUUUGGCAAUAAUAAAUACAAAAUUUUAGAUGUUCUUAUUGAUGAUGAUAUUUUGGUAGGGCAAAUUUUGAAACCCGAUAAAAUGGAGAAAGCGGUAAUAUCGAUCGAAAAAAAUCUAGAUAAAUUGUGGAAAGAUUUGGAUCAGCAAUUUAAUAGUUUUGGGAAAGAAUUUAUAAGCAACCUAAUUUCUGACCAAAAAAUAGAAGAUUUUGCGAAACGAAUAGAAUUAAAAAAAAGUAUUUUAGACCAAUUAGUUAGUUCAGCUAAAGUUAUCCUAGGAAGUAAAAAUAGAUCUCUUAACGAAAAAAUAAAAAGGAAUGAAGAACGGCAAAAACUCCUUGAUAAUUUGAAGGAAACGAAUAAUGAAGAAAGUUUAGUUUCUAUUAGAGAAAACCUCUUGAGCAUAAAAAAAUGA